AUGUGGCUGCCCAGCAGCCCCAGGGGCCCCGGGGGCCCCUGGGCCCCCAAAGAGGGGCCCCCCGGCUCUCAAAAUGACUUUGUGACCCCCGUGGGGGCCCCCGAGGAGGCCCCUCUGCGGGCCCCCGAGGGCACUGGGGGCCCCCUGGGGGGCCCCCAUCUGCAGCCUUUACCCCUGGAAAGGGGGGCCCCUCUGCUGCUUUUGGGUACUCAAGAAAAGCAAAAGGGGAGAAGCCCCCUGCUGGGCUCAAAGGAGACAGGACCACAGACCCCCGAGCAAGAAGUAAAGGGGAGGGGGCCCCCCAGGGGGGCCCCCACGGGGGCCCCCACAGAGGGGCCCCCGGGGGCCCCCACAGGGGCCCCCACAGGGACCCCAAAGAAGACCCAAGAUGGCGUUGCUGCUGUUCUUGCUGCUGUCCGGCGUGCCCGAGUGAAGCAGACGCUGCGGAAUAAGGGACCUAAAGUUCAGGGCUAG